AUGGCGAACGAAUCGAAAUACAUCCCCAUUCCGGGGCCUAGAGGCGUCCCCUUCCUGGGGAACGUGCUGGAUGUCGACCCCGAGGUGCCUGAGCAGAGUUUCUCGUUGAUGGCAGAUACCUAUGGCCCGAUCUUUCGGUUAUCCAUUGUCGGAAAGACGAGAGUCUUCAUCAGCACCCAUGAAUUGGUCGACGAGAUCUGUAACGAAGAGAGAUUCACCAAAAAAGUCGUAGCGGGCCUGCAAGAAAUUCGAAAUGGUGUCGAAGAUGGCCUGUUCACGGCCCACUAUCCCGGGGAAGAGAACUGGGAAAUCGCACACCGAGUGUUGGUUCCGGCAUUUGGACCUCUCACAAUUCGAGCGAUGUUCGAUGAUAUGUACGACAUCGCUAGUCAGCUUGCCCUGAAAUGGGCCCGUCAGGGCCCCAAUGUGCCCAUCAUGGUCACCGAUGAUUUCACCCGGUUAGCCCUAGACACCAUUGCCCUCUGCUCGAUGGGUACUCGUUUCAAUUCAUUCUACCAUGAAGAUAUGCAUCCGUUCGUCGAGGCGAUGGUCACGUUGCUGCAAGGUUCGGGUGACAGAGCCCGGCGGCCGGCGCUCAUGAACAGCCUCCCCACCAGCGACAACAACAAGUACUGGCAUGAUAUUGAAUUCCUACGGAAGUUGGCUCAGGACCUGGUGGAUGCCCGCAAAAACAACCCGGAGGAUAAGAAGGAUCUCCUCAACGCCCUGAUCCUGGGCCGCGACCCGAAGACCGGUCAAGGUCUCUCGGACAGCUCCAUCAUCAACAACAUGAUUACCUUCCUGAUUGCCGGCCACGAGACAACUUCUGGCAUGCUCUCGUUCUUGUUCUACUACCUGCUCAAGAAUCCGAAGGCCUACCAGAAGGCACAGCAAGAGGUGGAUACGGUGAUCGGACGACGCAAGAUUACCGUGGAGGAUGUGUCGAAGCUGCCGUACAUCACCGCUGUGAUGCGCGAAACCCUCCGUCUGCGAUCCCCGGCUCCUUUGAUUGCUUUCCACGCCCAUCCCACAAAGAACACCGAGACUCCUGUGACUCUUGGAGGCGGGAAAUACGUCCUGGAAGAAGACGAGGCCAUUGUUGCCGUGCUGGGCAAACUACAUCGGGACCCUAAGAUCUACGGCGAUGACGCGGAGGAAUUCAGGCCGGAGAGAAUGCUGGACGCCGAAUUUGAGAAACUGCCCAAGAACGCAUGGAAGCCAUUUGGCAACGGCAUGCGCGCCUGCAUCGGUCGUCCAUUUGCUUGGCAAGAAGUGCUGCUUCUGGUGUCGAUGCUCCUGCAGAAUUUCAACUUCCAGAUGGACGAUCCCAGCUACGACCUGCGGUUGAAGCAGACCCUCACUAUCAAGCCCGAGGGCUUCCACAUGAAGGCGACCCUUCGAAAUGGCUUGGAUGCCACCAAGCUGGGUGCUUUCCUGAACAGCGGCGAGGCUCCCUCCGCAGACUCCGAUGCGAACGGCAAAGACCGUAAGAAGAAGGCGACCCCGGCGGGCGAUGCUAAGCCGAUGCACAUAUUCUUUGGCAGCAACACUGGCACCUGUGAGGCGUUUGCUCGAAGACUGGCAGAUGAUGCCGCCGGAUAUGGAUUUGCUGCUGAGGUGAAGUCUCUGGACUCAGCCAUGCAGAACGUCCCGAAGAACGACCCGGUGGUUUUCAUAUCGGCCUCGUACGAAGGCCAACCCCCGGACAAUGCCGCUCACUUUUUCGAGUGGCUGAGCAACCUGAAGGAGAACGAACUCGAGGGCACAAACUACGCCGUCUUUGGCUGUGGUCAUCACGACUGGCAAGCCACCUUCCAUCGAAUCCCAAAAGCUAUCAACCAGCUGGUUGAGGAGCGCGGUGGAAACCGUCUUUGUGACCUUGGAGUCGCCGAUGCCGCCAACUCAGACAUGUUCACAAAUUUCGAUAACUGGGGCGAAUCCUCGUUCUGGCCUGCGGUGACGGGCAAAUUCGGCCGCUCCGAGGCUAAAGAAAGCAAAUCCGCCCUUCAGGUGGACGUCAGCAAGGGAACUCGGCCCUCAACAUUAGGCCUUCAGCUGCAGGAGGGGUCUGUUAUCGAGAACAAACUUCUGACGGCACCUGGAGCCCCCGUUAAGAGGAUGAUUCGUUUCAAGCUUCCCGUCGAUAUGACCUAUCAAUGCGGUGAUUACCUUGCCGUGCUUCCCACAAACCCGGAGCAUAUCGUCCGACGAGCGAUUAGUCGCUUCAAUCUCCCGUCGGAUGCCAUGCUGACGGUCUCGAAGCCAUCCCAGACCUCCAAUGGGCCCACCGCGAUCCCCUUGGACGCGCCCAUCUCCGCUUUCGAGCUCUUUGCCACGUACGUCGAGCUAUCUCAGCCGGCCUCCAAGCGAGAUGUUACCACUAUUGCCAACGCCGCUUCUUCGGAUGCGGACGUUCAGGCCGAGCUUCAAUAUCUCGCGUCCAGCCCCACCAGGUUCACCGAGGAGAUCAGCAAGAAGCGUCUGAGCCCCCUGGACAUCCUUAUGCGGUACCCCUCCGUCAACCUCCCCAUCGGCGACUUCCUGGCCAUGCUGCCGCCCAUGCGCGUGCGUCAGUAUUCCAUCUCCUCCUCGCCCCUGGUGGACCCCACAGAAUGCUCGAUCACCUUCUCCGUGCUCAACGCCCCGUCCCUGGCCUCCGAAGACGAGCAGUAUCUCGGCGUGGCCUCCACGUACCUGUCCGAGCUGCAACCCGAGGAGCGCGCCCACAUCUCCGUCCGCCCGUCGCACGCGGGCUUCAAGCCGCCCGUGGACCUCGACACGCCCAUGAUCAUGGCCUGCGCGGGUAGCGGCCUGGCCCCCUUCCGCGGCUUCGUCAUGGACCGCGUCGAGAAGAUCCGCGGCCGCCGCAGCCCUAUGGGCUCGGCCGAGGAACACCCAGAAGUUGGCAAAGCCGCUAAGGCCAUCCUCUACGUGGGUUGCCGCACUCAGGGCAGCGACGACAUCCACGCCGACGAGCUGAACGAGUGGGAGCGCCUCGGCGCCGUCUCCGUGCGCUACGCCUACAGCCGACCCGCCGACGGCACGCCCGGCCGCCACGUGCAGGACCUGAUGCUCGACGACCGCAAGGAGCUGGUCGACCUGUUCGACAGCGGUGCCCGCGUCUACGUCUGUGGCACGACGGGCGUCGGCCAGGGCGUGCGCCAGGCCUGCAAGUCCAUGUAUCUCGAGAAGCGCCGCGAGCAUUACCAACUCAAGCGCGAGAGCGGCGAAGAUGUCGACGAGGGCGACGAGGAGAAGGCCGCAGAGGAGUUCCUAGAAGGUCUGAAAACGAAGGAGAGAUACGCCACCGACGUGUUCACCUGA